CAGCAUGCCUUAUCACCGCACCUGGGACGAGUUCGCUCCGGCCGCAGAGAAACUCUACCAGGCCGACCCCAUGAAAGUUCGCGUGGUGCUAAAGUACAGACACUGUGAUGGCAGCCUGUGCAUUAAAGUAACAGAUGAUGUUGUGUCACUGCUGUACAGGACCGACCAGGCACAGGAUGUAAAGAGGAUUGAGAAAUUCCACAGUCAGCUGAUGAGAGUAAUGGUUGCCAGGGAAUCCCGCAGCACUGCCAUGGAAGCAGACUGAGAAUCUGAUAGCGCAGAGAAACGUGUUUCGGAGUAAUCACCAUGAGACGAUGAGGGAACAACUGAGAAAACAACAUGAUUAUAGGAUGCUCAGAUUAACUGAGAGAACGCUGAAAACAAACAAGAGGGCAGUUUGUGUCUAUUUGGACAUCUGGGGAAGUUUUAGAUAUUCUUUCAGUUGAAAGACUCUAUUUAUUUUUGGAAUUGGAUCAAGAAAUAUAAACCCAACUCUGGACAGCAUUCUUCCAAAAUAAGCAGUGUUUGGCAGGAUGUAAACUUGUAACUUUUUUUUAUUUUUAU